UGCAAGCAGGAUCUGAGUGCAGCCGGGGAGAGGAGCAUCUGGGCAGUGAGUAAGGAGGGAGACACCAGCAGGCAGUGCCACCCUGUUCUCCUGGGCUAGAGGAUGCCCUCUAACACCAACUGCGCACCAGGAGCGACAAGUCCAGUACAAGUGGACCAAGCGCAUCGCUUGGGGAUGGAUGGCCAGGUCCACAGGGCCCCCUUCACCAGGUGGGAUGCUGAAACGUGCAGGCAGAAGAAAAAGAAAAGCCGCAAAUACCAGCGCUUUAUGACGCAGAGGGCACUGGAACAGAGGGACCACUUGGGACCCACAUCGAAAGGAAAGACCCUGCUGAUGACAUUGAACACCUGCAAGGGAGAUGAAAUGCAAGGCUCCUCACCCUGUGAAGCCAGCCAAGGUGGCCGGUUGCUCAAGGAGGAUGUGGUAGAGCUCCCUAAGGAACUUUGCAUGCUUUGCCCAGCUGUGUCAGUUCCGUCAAUGGGCCCAAGCAGGCAGCCUUCACCUUCCCAAAGCAUGAAGUAUCAGGUGCUCACCCCCAGCGGGUCUGCAGAGGGCAUGGGUUCCUUAUCCUGUCUGAUGCUCAAGAAACCUAGGAAGUGUGUGGCUAUUGACUGUGAAAUGGUAGGCACGGGCCCUGCCGGGAAGAGAAGCGAAUUGGCACGGUGCACAGUAGUGAACUGUGAUGGAGACGUGAUCUACGACAAAUACGUCCAGCCGGAGCUCCCGAUUGUUGAUUACAGGACUCGGUGGAGUGGGAUCACCUGGCGGCACAUGGAAAAUGCCACUCCUUUUAGGGUUGCACAGAACGAGAUCCUACAGAUCUUGAGAGACAAGAUAGUGGUGGGUCAUGCCAUCCACAAUGACUUCCGAGCCUUAAAAUAUUUCCAUCCCCAAGUCUGGACGCGUGACACGAGUCGGAGCCCUCUGUUGAGGAAGAAGGUGGGGCUGCCUAUGAAAGCCAGCGUCUCUCUCAAGAGCUUGGCUAGUCAGCUGCUUCACAAAAAUAUUCAGGUUGGCCAAAAUGGACAUUCAUCUGUAGAAGAUGCUCAGACUUCUAUGGAGCUUUACAGAUUGGUGGAGGUACAGUGGGAAAAGGAACUGGCCAGCAGCCUCCCAUCAAGUCUUCCAAACAGCCCUCCGGACAGUGGCUCGGAUAGUGUCUGCUACAUGGACGAUCAAUAUUGGCCCAAGGACCUCAACAUAGACUGCAAAUGAAGGCACAAACUCUGGAAUAAUCUUCCCCAACCUGGUGCCUCCACACAUUUUGGACUCCAGCUCCCAGGCAGCAUGGCCAGUGGCCAGGGAUGAUGGGAGUUGUCGUCCAAACAUCUGAAGGGUACCAGGUUGGGGAAGGCUACUCUAGAACAUGGACUCUGGACUGUCAUUUGAGGGGGUCGGAUCAUGAUUCUGAACCUAGUGUAGCAACUUUAUUUAUUGCCAAAUCGCACAGCCCAAAGAAUACAGGAUGGUGAUGACGAUGA